AUGGCCCCAUCAAGCAAGGCCAAGACCCACGUCUUGAAAAAUCUCGACCUUCCCUCUAUUUUGGAGCCAGCAGAGACCCCUUCCCAUAUUGCAGGAACAAAAGUCAUCGCUACACUUGGACCAGCCUGCAGAGAUGUUGACACGCUGGUGGAUCUCUUGGAGUCUGGCCUGGCUGCUGCUCGUAUUGACCUCACGUGGGGGUCAUUGGAGUACCACAAGCAGUCCCUCAGGAAUCUGCAAUUGGCUUCCCAGAAGACCAAGCUCUUGUGUGCUGUCAUUCUGGACACUGUCGGUCGCGAGCUCAUGAUCCGACGUGACUAUGAGCUGGACAGUGAGGGUUGGCCGACUCACAAGGAGGUGCUGGAAAUCAAGAAGGGUCAGGAGCUUGUAGUGACAACGGAUGAGACUGCGGUGGCAAGCUCCACCAAGCUGCCCAUCAGCUACCCUCACUUUGCCCACAUGUGCCAACCGGGCGACUCCCUCUUUGUUGGACGCUACCUUGUCAACGGCGCAGACCAGUCCUCCCUUUACCUCGAGGUGAAGGAGGUCGAAGGCCAGAAUGUCGUCUGCACAGCAGUGAAUGAUGCCGUGCUGGAUGGCUUGCUGACUACUGACCUACCGCUGCUAACACAAUUGGAUGAGGAAGCAAUCAAGAUGUAUACGAAGGAGUUUGAGAUUGAUUACAUCAACCUAACGUACACCUGCAGCGGCCUGGAUGUGCAUGAGAUGCGCGAGUUCCUGGAUGAGAUCGGUUCUACUCAAGUCAAAAUCAUUGCCAAGGUGGAGAACCUGCAGGCGCUGCAAAACUUUGACAGCAUAGUGGCGGCGGCUGACGCGGUGGUGCUGAGCCGGGGCAACCUGGGGCUGGACGUGGCGCCUGAGAAGACUGCCGUGGUGCAGAAGGCCGCCAUCAACCGGUGCAACCUGCAGGGCAAGCCCGUCAUCAUCACCCGCCUCGUCGACACCAUGGUCGAGGCCCCCCGCUGCACCAGGGCGGAGGCGACUGACGUGGCCAACGCAGUACUGGACGGAGUGGACGGCAUGCUGCUAGGAGCAGAGACGCUCCGGGGAAGAUACGCUGUGGAGACCGUGCGCACGGUGCUCUCCAUCUGCCGCCAGGCCGAGCUGGCCUUCGACUACGAGGAGCACUUCGAGCACAUGAUCACCUCCGCCAUGGACGUGCGCCAUCAUCCUCACCGCUUCGCUGCGGGUCUAAUCAUCUGCUAUGCCGGCACGGGGCGGACGGCGUCGCUGAUCGCCAAGUACCGGCCGACGGUGCCAAUUCUGGCGCUCGUGGUGCCCAACCUGAAGUCCAAGGGACUGUCCUGGGAGCUGGAGGGCCGCUUCCUGGCGCGCCAAUUCCAGGUCAUGCGAGGGCUGAUCCCGCUGCUGGGGGCGCCGAUGGGGGGCGCCAACAGCGAGCAGAUGCUGGCAGAGGCGGUGUCGGUGGCGUUGAAGCGCGGGCUGGUGCGCGCCAAGCAGCACGUGGUGUGCGUGCUCAGCGUGCGCGGCGACUUCAUGCUCAAGGUCGUCUCCGUGGAUGAUAGGCAAGGUGUGCCUGCAGACCAGCGGCAGGUAAAGGCGGCUACAGAUCCCUUCGCCUGA